AUGAGUCUAGAGAGCUUAUCAGAUUCUAGACCGAGGAAUCUAGAUUCAGGAAUUUCUAAAGGCUCUUACUCUCAUGCGUCUUAUGCCAGUCUACGUGGGAUGGGGCCUGGCAAUGGCAUAGGAAAUGCAAACUUGAAAGGUUCCACAAAAGGAUCGCAAGUGUUUUCCUCUCCAGUUUCAAGAGUAUCUCUUUCCAGACUUAGACUGGGCAAUUCUGCAAAAGAGAAGAAGUGGGAAGAGCUCGAGGAUUUUAAUAUAGAAGAGUUAAGAGAUGGAUUUUUCGAUGCUGUCUUUACCAAGGCGGAGAGACUGAAUUCCGAUAAGGAAGAAGAUGAACAAUUGAUAGGCACAAAAAAAUCUGAAAACACAUCUGGAAAUUUUCUGAGUUAUGCCAAGAAUUUGCAGAAUGACUUCUUUUCCAAUGCUCUUCCUAUCUUUAAAUAUUUCAUUGCAUACUUUAUUGCACUAGUCAUUUGUGUGAUUCAUCGGUCAGGUAAUUGGGUUGGUCACCAGUAUCGAUACUUUCUCCCGAUUGCUGUUCUUAUCCAUCAUCCCGUAAGGACAGUCGGUGUACAAUUAGAAAUGACCAUUGCAUCUGUAUUGGGUGCUUCUUUAGGAUUAGGUUGGUCUGCUUUGGCGUGGUAUGUAUCAGUUGCUACAAAAGUUACAGCAUCUCAUCAAGGAGGCGUUCUAUUCGGCAGCUUGGUGAUCGCUUUGCUGUUUUCAAUAUGGUUGAAAGAACUGUAUCAGAGGAUACUGUACAUCUCCUUAUCUUUUAAUGUCGCGAUUAUUUUCCUGCAUAAUGUCAGUCUGGUUUCUUCGAGAGAUGAAUUAAGAUGGACAACAUUUUGGGACUUUGGCAUAUCUUACCUUUUCGGUAUUUUAUUAUCAUUGCUUAUUUGUGUACUCGUAUCUCCACGUAGUGGUAAUACAGAACUCAUUGAGCACUACUCAAAUGCCAUUGCAAAUAUGCGGAACUUUCUGGCGGCAUUAGUUAACAAGGACGAAGCAUUUGAUGAAGAAAAACUUCAUUUAUUGCAGAAAUCAAUGAUAAAAUCCUUGAAUGUGGGUCUAUCAGAAGGUUAUAGAGAGUUUGCAAACCAAUGGACUUUAUCGAGAUAUGAUAAGUCCAAAUUGAAGAAUUUUAGAAAUUCUUUGACGACACUGAUGAGUCCUUUACGUAUUUUGCCACUUAGUCAAAGACUUUUGAACAGAGCCGAAUUAGAUAGACUGUAUGACCUUGUUGAGCAAAAGAAGUUUCGUGAAGCCAGUGGAGAUCCAGAAAGCAAUUUUACUACCGGUGAUAUAACUCCGUCAAAUGUUUCUGGCGCGUCCACUCCCUUCACAAGAAAUGGCAUAUCCCUUCCUUAUGGCUCUUCACUUAACGAUGAAAUAUAUUUGAGUGUUCUAAGAUCAACAUUUUCAGCUCCCAUCUUUGGAUUAAUGCUUGAAAUGGUCAUUAUGUUGGAGAAUAUGUCAUCAACUCUAUCAAAAUAUAAAACUACGAAAUCUGGAAAGAUAGACUUAGAUGCGCUAGAUAACUUAUUGAACCGCUCUAAAACACGUCUCAAAAGGAAAAUUUACAAGCUUGAUGUAUGCUACAAAAAUUUUACAAAAUCAAGUUUUUUUGGUAAAGACAUGUUGACGAAUGCAGACUUUGUUGACAUAUUUUUAUUUUUGAGAUAUUUAAGGAAUGCAGCUAAGCACAUGAUCGAAGCAUCUCACUGCUGUUAUGAGCUAGGUACAGAAUUACAUUGGCAUAUUGUUCCUCAGCACUACCCUCUUUCUAGGGCAUCAAUUCGAUUACCAAAACAAUGUGCACUUGAUGAGGGAGCUGGAAACGUUUUACACUACUUCGAAACCAAGAGGGAUGUGGAUGAUAUAUUUGAGCGGUCCUAUAAUGCCUAUACUUCUAGGCAUAAGUACAGCAGACAAGCAAGUAAAAACGGUCAAACUUCGUUGCGCGCCAUCGAUCAUAAUGAUUUCAACUUUCAUACUACCCAAAAUCCUUGGCGUUACAAAUUGUGGAAAUUAAGUUCCGCAUUAGUUGGACCUGAGAUGAAAUGGACAAUCAAAGUUUUAUUUGUAAUAAUCUUUUUGUGUCUCCCAGGGUGGCUGCCACAGUCCUACAAUUGGUAUGAUUCAUACCAAUGUUGGUGGGCACCAAUGAUGUUUUAUUUUUUAGCUCACAGAAAGUUUUCUGGCAAGUGGGCUGCAUUGGCAAGGAGAUUUAGUUUUGCUUUGAUUGGUAUUUUUUGGGGAUGGGCAGCUAAUCAAGCCAGACACUUUGGUAGUCCGUAUGUCAUUUGCACGUUUGGAGGUAUAAUUCUUUUCAUAUUUGCCUUCAACUUUUUGGUUUACAAUAAUACAAAGGGAAGCUUUAUUGCAUUGAUAUGUUACACCGUCAUUGCGUUGGAACCCUAUUCAAAGGGUGAAGGUUCCCUUAACACAGCUGAAAUUUGGAAAAACACCUGGGUGACGGGGCUUUCCUUUAUUGUUGCAAUGCUGUUAUCUGUUCCAAUCAACUGGGUGGUAUGGUCAUUUAAGGCCCGCUCUGAACUGCGCUUCUCUGUGUCUUCCCUACUAGCACAUAUUAGCCAAUCUUACCAGGCUGUGACAGACAGAUACUUAUAUCGUGAUGCUAAUGACUCUCCAACCGAAUUAACCUUGGCCUUAUCACAUAUAAGGGAGGUAAGAUUAACCCAAAGUAUGCUUGCUGUCAGAGAACUUUUGACAAGGGCAAAGCAGGAGCCCGUUUUUAUCUCAAAUUUUUCACCGUCUAAAUAUGAGCAUCUCUUGGAUGCAUGUGAGUUUUUGCUCGAAAAGGUCAUCGAAGCGAGAGUUUCUGGUUCUUUCUUUGAAGUUUGGGAUCAAGAUCUUGACAACGAUACUACCAGGGCAUUAUUAUCCUUAAGAAGGGAUAGUGUUUCAUCAGUGAUAUUUAUCUUCUACAUUCUAUCCAAUUGUUUUAGAUCCAAAAAUAAAAUCCCAAUAUAUCUACCAAAUCCAGUUCUUUCCAGGAAAAAAUUAUACGACUUUCUGUCAGAAUUCGAGCAACGAAAAGCUCAACUGGAGAUUUCACAUCGCUCUGGUCUCAAUAAAAAAUUUGAUUUUGAAGGUGCCUCCAAAGAUAUUAGUAUGACCCGCAGCGGUGAUAUUGAGAACUAUGAAAGGGUUAGAUGGACAGAAAUUCAUGGUGUGGCUUUCGCAAGAGCUUUCACCGAUAUUACUGAGGCCAUGCAUAUUGUCGUCACCUGUGCGAAACAAAUACUGGGUGAGGAGCAUUUUUAA